AAAUCCGCGGUCACACUUUGUUACUUUCCCGCCUUUUACUUAAUAAAAAAAUUAGGUGCGGCGCGGAAAGUGCAUGCCCUGGACACUGUAGAUAUAAUAGGAACACGGUUUCCCAACCCAGCCGAACAUCAGCGAGCAUCAGCAGACGCCAAAACAGGCUACAAAAGUGCGGAAAUCUGCCUUCGCUGCCUGCCCACGUCCCCCGCCCCGCGGCGGCAGCAGCAACAACACCAUCACCACACAAAAUACAAAAUCAAACAAAAACCAACAAAACUUAAGUUUAGUGUAGCAAAAAUAGUGAAAACGCACCCGGGCACGAUGAGCAACGACGGCCAAGAGCAGGAGCUGGGCGCCGAGGUGGUCAGUGGGGCCGUGGUCACCGACGACACCCUGGAGAUCACGAAAGCCAAAUACACGAAUCUGUGCCGCGAACUCAAUAUGGACAGCCAGACGGAGGAGGACGGCUGGGCGAUGUACCUUGAUGUGAGGCAGCGCUGCGUCAUGGAGGGUGACUCCUUGAUGUGGCUUUGUUGCUGUCUCUUUGCGGCCUGCCGUCGGUCGAGCACGCCCACGGUGAUUGGACAGGAUGCCGUGGUGCGCGGCAAUUGCGUAUCCCUCAACAAUCUGCUGCGGUGCUGCCAGAUGAGCAUCUACGACUUCAAGACCAAGAUCAAGCAGUGGUGCGACAUGGCCAACCUGCCGCAAGAGUUUGUCAACGAGAUCGAGGUACUGGAUCGCAAGUUCAGCAUCACAUUCACACUGUACAAACGCUUUCGUAACAUCUUUGACAAGAUCUUCAACUGUCCGCCCAACGAGAAACGUCACUCGAAAUAUAUUUCCCUGCAUGCCAAUCACGCCAAUGGCAAAUGCUCCUACAUCAAACUGGAUGACAUUUGCUGGCGGCUGUUUUUGUGCGCCAAGAACCAGAAGCCGAGCACCACGGUUGACCUGGUCACGUCUUUCAACCUGAUGAUCUGCUGCAUCGAUCUGAUCUACAACAAUGUGCUGGCCGAGAAGCGCACUGAUCUCAUCAAUCCUAAAUUCGACGGCCUGCCUAACAACUGGACGGAGUUGGACUUCAAGGCGAAUCCCCACUGCAUACUGACUUACUUCUGCGACAUGACUGAAGAGGCCAAGGCCAUGAAGGCCACCACCUUCAGGGAGAUCAUGUCCAGCUUCUUUCAGACAAUGACCAUCUAUGGCCACAAAGACAACAUGCUGGGCCUCUUGGCCAACGAGAACUUUGAGCGCAACCUAAAGUCGCUCAACAUCAGCUACGAGCAGUACGUGCUGAGCGUGGGCGAGUUCGACGAGCGCAUCCUGAGCGCCUACGACGCCAGCGAUCACACCAACCUGAACGACCAGGCCCUUAGACCCCCCGUCACGCCGCUGACACGCAAACAAGAUCUGCCAGCCCAGCCGGCGAUGGCCGGUGAGAAGUUCGAACCCGUUCUCAAUGCCACCAACAAUGUGAAGCAGCUGAGUGCCUUCGAUCGCAUCACCGAGCCCACGGAAUAUGUCAAGCAAGCUGGCGAUGAGGUGAUUGCCAAGCUGCUGAAAAUCAUCGAGGACAUCAAGCUUAAGUUCCUCGCCAAAUAUCCGUCGGGGGAGGCGAAGAGCCGCUUCCGACUGGCCAAGUCCUUCUACUACUAUCUGCUGGAUCAGAUCUUGCAGGCGGAAAUCAAGAACAAGCCCGAGUUCGAUCUCAAGCGUCUGCUGGUGCAGAAGAUCUCGCUGGACAUCUUCAACAUCACGCUUAUGGCGUGCUGCGUGGAGCUGGUGCUGGAGGCCUACAAGACGGAGCUCAAGUUCCCCUGGGUGCUCGAGUGUUUCAGUAUUAGUGCCUUUGAGUUUCAGAAGAUCAUCGAGAUUGUCGUGCGACACGGCUCGCACGAGGGCUGCCUCAACCGCUACCUCAUUAAGCAUCUCAACUCGAUCGAGGAGACCUGCCUCGAGCGCCUGGCCUGGGCGAGUAACUCCCCCGUCUGGGACAUGAUCGCCACCGCCCCCAAGCCGCUGCCCACCCACUACGACGUGAACUGCGACCGCACCGCCGGCGCCCUGCAGAUCUUUCUGCGCAAGGUCUACCUCCUCGGCUGGCUGCGCAUCCAGAAGCUCUGCUCUGAACUGAUUCUGAUCGACAAGGCGCCCGAGCGCAUCUGGCACAUUUUCGAGCACUCAAUUACACAAAAAACAGACCUCAUGAAGGACCGCCAUCUCGACCAAAUUAUCAUGUGUGCAAUAUAUAUUUACAUAAGGGUAUCGAAACUAGAGGAUCCAAAAUUCAGCGACAUUAUGCGCGCCUAUCGCAAUCAACCGCAGGCGGUGAACAGCGUCUAUCGCGAGGUGCUAUUCGACCUCAACGACGAUGGGCAGCCGAAGGUGACGGACAUUAUAUACUUCUAUAACCACAAGUAUGUGCCGCUGAUGAAGCAGUUUGCGAUCGACUACCUGAACAUGACUCCGGACGUGACCGGCUGCAAGAUAAAGGCCGCCGAUCUACUGCUUUCGCCCCAUCCCUCGGAGCGUGCCGCCCAGCCGAAGAAGGUCACGCAGAAUCACUCGCUGUAUGUCACGCAAAUGCCCAAGAACGAGAUCCAACAGUCGCCGAAUCAGAUGGUCUACGAGUUCUAUCGCAGCCCCGCUAAGGAUCUGCAACUGAUGAACGAGAAGGUGCGCGGGGGCAAGCGCAUGCUCAGCUUCGGAGAUGAGCCCGGCCUGGGCCAACUCGAGACGAAGCGCAUCAAUCUGCCGACACACCUUAGCCAGAUAAAGGCGGUGAUGGACGACCGGGAGAGCGAGCCGCGGGAUCCCAAGUAGAAGAAGUAGACGGAUUUAAACGAGACAUAGAUAGACACCGGGUCUCUGGGGGCAGCUUAGAUUUUAGUAUAGAAGGACGAUGGGGGCGAGGCGCUGGCGGUGAGACUAGAGGACCUGAGCGGCUAUGGUCGAUUUUAUGAUUGUUUUUUAUUUUUUUUAGUUUGACUUGUUAAUUUAAACACAAAAAACCCAAUCGUAAGCAUCCUUUUUACACCAUGCUCGAUAGAAAUCCUCUUAGAAAUCCGUUCAGCAUAGAAAUCCAUAUUAUCUCUUAGACUCUUGCACUGGCUACUGCUACUGCUAAAGCAUUUUAUUCGAACCACACAUCCGCAUCCGCGUCUGUAUCACGUAUAAUUUUUGUAUGUGGUUUUGCGAGUGUUCUCGUUCGGUUCGGUUCCAUCAUCUACAAUUGAGUGUAUUGUGUGCACAGAAUAGGACAGAGGAUGAGGAUGUACCGCACACAAUCAUUUGUUUUUAUUGUGCGACACAAUUGUUUUAUAUAGCGCCACAAAUCAUUUGGCAGAAUUUGUACUAUAGCACCGAUCAACAACUUAGAGCUUUUUUUCUAUCUCUACGUUCUAGAUAUUAGAUCCUAUGUGACAUUUUUAAUUACUUUUGGUGGCACUUUACAAAAGCAUUAAAUUAAUAUAUAUACUUUUUCACCCACUAACAAUUCCUAUAUUCUAUUCCCCCUACUAUGUAUAUCCCCCCUAGUGUGUGCAAUGACCAUUUUAAAGCAUCAGUCUAUCUCUUGUCUAUUGCAACAUCUACAUUUUACCGUGUUUCACGAGUCCGUUUCACGUACGUUUUUUAAAUAUUUCACCACAGAAUGGCAUAAAUUAUUCCAUGAAAAGAAUCGAUACGAUGGUCUGUAGCUAUUCUUGGGCUUCUUUUCAUGAUCGCUCUCAUUUUGUGCAAUAAAGGAGCCAAGGGAUGUAUAGAUAUCUAAAAAUCCAUUAAGCAGUUUCACCCACUAACAAUUCCUAUAUUCUAUUCCCCCUACUAUGUAUAUCCCCCCUAGUGUGUGCAAUGACCAUUUUGAAGCAUCAGUCUAUCUCUUGUCUAUUGCAACAUCUACAUUUUACCGUGUUUCACGAGUCCGUUUCACGUACGUUUUUUAAAUAUUUCACCACAGAAUGGCAUAAAUUAUUCCAUGAAAAGAAUCGAUACGAUUGUCUGUAGCUAUUCUUGGGCUUCUUUUCAUGAUCGCUCUCAUUUUGUGCAAUAAAGGAGCCAAGGGAUGUAUAGAUAUCUAAAAAUCCAUUAAGCAGUUUCACCCACUAACAAUUCCUAUAUUCUAUUCCCCCUACUAUGUAUAUCCCCCCUAGUGUGUGCAAUGACCAUUUUAAAGCAUCAGUCUAUCUCUUGUCUAUUGCAACAUCUACAUUUUACCGUGUUUCACGAGUCCGUUUCACGUACGUUUUUUAAAUAUUUCACCACAGAAUGGCAUAAAUUAUUCCAUGAAAAGAAUCGAUACGAUGGUCUGUAGCUAUUCUUGGGCUUCUUUUCAUGAUCGCUCUCAUUUUGUGCAAUAAAGGAGCCAAGGGAUGUAUAGAUAUCUAAAAAUCCAUUAAGCAGUUUCACCCACUAACAAUUCCUAUAUUCUAUUCCCCCUACUAUGUAUAUCCCCCCUAGUGUGUGCAAUGACCAUUUUGAAGCAUCAGUCUAUCUCUUGUCUAUUGCAACAUCUACAUUUUACCGUGUUUCACGAGUCCGUUUCACGUACGUUUUUUAAAUAUUUCACCACAGAAUGGCAUAAAUUAUUCCAUGAAAAGAAUCGAUACGAUUGUCUGUAGCUAUUCUUGGGCUUCUUUUCAUGAUCGCUCUCAUUUUGUGCAAUAAAGGAGCCAAGGGAUGUAUAGAUAUCUAAAAAUCCAUUAAGCAGUUUCACCCACUAACAAUUCCUAUAUUCUAUUCCCCCUACUAUGUAUAUCCCCCCUAGUGUGUGCAAUGACCAUUUUAAAGCAUCAGUCUAUCUCUUGUCUAUUGCAACAUCUACAUUUUACCGUGUUUCACGAGUCCGUUUCACGUACGUUUUUUAAAUAUUUCACCACAGAAUGCCAUAAAUUAUUCCAUGAAAAGAAUCGAUACGAUGGUCUGUAGCUAUUCUUGGGCUUCUUUUCAUGAUCGCUCUCAUUUUGUGCAAUAAAGGAGCCAAGGGAUGUAUAGAUAUCUAAAAAUCCAUUAAGCAGUUGAUAUACAAACUAGACUCCAAUUAGAUCUCCAUAAUUUGCCUACGAUUUUUUCGUUAGUUUAGGGACUUUCUGCCUUAUUCUGUUUUUAUUAAAAAUUUUUAAAGUUCAUGGCGUGGUGAGGGGUGGGGGGAAUACUAUCCUAGCAUGGGGUAGGGUUACCAUUUUGCCCAAUUAUUGAGCAAGUCAUUCGCGCAACAACACAUAUUGUUCGACACAUAAAGAGCUUUCAGAACCAUCGGAACAUCUUUUAAGUUCAGGCCUUUAGACUUUUUUUCGAACAGGCGGAGCGAUAGGCAGGCGCUCUUGUCGCUGAUAAAGAGAUUUAAGAAGGUCCAAAUUAUAUACGAGUAUACAAAAUAUAUAGAAAUACACUUUAUAGAAAUCGA